UUCGCUCUGAGCAAGUUGAGAUGAGUCUUUGGGCUUUCGGUCCAGAAUUGAUUAACUUUGGAUUUCGCUUCACCAAGUGUGACGUUCACAGCUGGGAUUGGGAAUCAAAGACAACUGCAACCUGUUGACAAGUUUUAACCAGUUGUAUACUGUGAGAAAAGAAACUAAGCACAGACAUCUUCAGGAUGCACAGUCACGAAUAAUAUAAUAAUUGGAAAACUCAGCAUUUGGACCAGUCUCUGUUGCUACUUGAUUGCACCAAAAACACUAGCAGCACCUUUACAUGGAGUCAAAAGCGAAGAAUCCAGUGAACAACGCUGGGGCAGUGUGGGAGAAAGAUUGUGCAGGUGAGACAAGGAUAUUGCAAGAACAGUACACAAGUGGAAGCUCCAGUAUCGCAGCCAUUGCUGAGGCUGACAUCCAGCGCAGCGUGCAAGCAAUAAUACGGGAACUGGACCAGGAACAUCCAGCAUUCCAGUGCAGUCGAGGUAUGUUUCGGUGGACAUUGCAUAAGAAGACUGAACGAGACCCAUACAACAGCAAUUUUCUGGUUAAGAUUCUCAUUGGUGAACUGGAACUGGCAAAGAAAAACAAUAAGCACUACAUUUUACCUCUACUGAACACCUUAAUGUAUGCUAUUAUUCAGGCUGCAUAUAUUCCUGAUAAUCUUUAUGAAAAAGCAUAUACAUUUUGCAAAGGACUCCUAUCCUUCCCCAAGCCCUACUGUACAAUUGGACAUCAGUAUGCAGUCAUGUUAAAGGCUGAAAGAAAAGCACCAGGUUUUUUGUACCAAAGGGUAGUUAUAUCUGAACAUGGGCUAAAAAAUGACACCUUCUCACACCGAGAAAAAAUUUUCAUCUUUGCUGAUCCUGAUCUUAUCUCUGAAGAAGUCAUUAAAUCUCUUCACAAUGAGAUCCACUCAGUGAGCUUAAAUGACACAUCUGCUGUUAAUAUGAGUCAUAUUAUAAAGCACAGCAUUCAAGCAACACUGGGAGAGAAUUGUGACAUCAGCAAAUUGGAUGUAGCCUUGCAGAACAAACCCUACAACAUGAUUGAGCACUAUUUCCAAGAAGUGGUUGCUGUCACCGAGCAGUCAUAUUUUUCUUCAGAGGAAGUUACUACAGCCCACAGGAAACACAGCAGCAAGUUGCAACAACUUUACAAGAUAAUAAUUAACUCUGCACAACAAGUGCCUCCAAGUGAAAGGCUCCAGAAUAUUCUAUUGCCAAAUCCAAAUAUCGGCUUUUUUAUGUGGAAAGAAGAUGACCUCCUUUGGAAGGAACUGGUGCAGUUUGUUAAAAAUCAACUUGACGGUAGCCAAGAUUUUAUUUACAGUGACCCAGACACUUCUGAGAUGAGUGAGACUACAGAUUGUCACAACAUUGAGCAAAUUAGAUUGUCGGUUCUGUCAACAGACAGUGGCAUAGUUAGAGACUGUGGGGAUCCGACUGUUGGGAGUGAUGCAUCACCUUCAAGGUCCAGUGACACAAACCAGACCAAGCUUUCCAGAAAAGGCUGUGUGAAGAAAAGAAACCAUGAUUCAGAAAACGCGUUGUAUUUUCCGGAUAUUUAUGACAAUACUACAACAUGCAAUGACAUGAAUCUCCAUCGGAAGUUUGGUUGCAAUGUGAUGUCAUUCAGCAUCAAACAACUAAAGCCCAACACUGCCCGAGUCGUAGUCAUUGGAAAUGACUGCAUUUUGGGAAGAUUAGCACAGGCUUAUCAUUCCUUGAGGAAAAGAGAAGCAAGAAGAGGCAUUCUCACGGCAAAACUAAACUUGCUGUUCUACUACAUUCCUGUAACGAAUGAGAAGCAGAGCCCUGUGUCUGCUGGGCAGGUCAACCAUUUACUGCACAGUGACCUUUCUUGUGAGCUGUCCAGGUACUUAGGCAGCAUAGACCCAUGGUAUAACAGCAACAUCAACAGCCUGCGCAACAUGAUUCCUGAACUGGCUAAAAUGUCUACAACAUCUGGACAACAGUCCGGUGCCGAUCCAUUUAUUGUGGAUGUUACAUCUUACUAUGUACGAAUGGGAUGUCAGCCUGUUUGCUUUCAAAUCUACAGUGUAAAGCUUACCUUUUCAGAUGAAACAGAUGAAAUUGUAGAUGACGUUUUUCUUAUUCAACUUGAGGCCGAGUUUCCAGAACAGAAGUGUGUCAAAGAAACCACACUGGUGCGAAGGAGGGCAAUAUCAGAAGGAGUAGGUGGACAAAUUGCGGUUACGUACAAAAAAAUUGCACUGAGCAACAGGGAAUGUAUAAAACAACUUGCAAGUCAUUGCACUGGUGUAGUGAUGAAAGCAAUUCCUUCAACUAGAACUGAAGAUCUUGUUUGUCUGAAUGUAAGCAUAUCAGAAGUAACAAGUAAGACAAACUUAUCUGGAAAAACAUCUUUGACUGAAGAUGUCAAAAUCAAAACAUCUCAUGUAAGGAUUAAAGUUCAGGAUAACUGUGGAAAAUCCAUGGCAGUUUGUCUAGACAAGGAUUCUCGGAGGACAUACAAGGAUGUUAUCAGCAUUGAUGUGUCCCCUUGUCUGGAACCUGGAUACUGUUUGCAUAAAAUGAGGGCCUCAAGAUUUAAUCAAAAUGAAACUGAAAACAUUGGAUUAACUAAGUACAUGCCAAAAUGCCUGUUGUUACCAAUCAAUACGUUUGCAGGUAUCCUGUAAGUUAAGGUAGCCGACUCAAAAUAGUUAACCAAUUGCUUGAAGAAACAAAUGAUUUGGAGCUGCUGGAACAAUGAAGCAAAGAGUCACAAUAAUUAUUAUUGAAAAGCAUCUUCUGGAGAGGGACCAAUUAUUUUCAAGACUUGACCAGUCCAAAACCAUGUUUCCUGUUAUUGGGAACGUGGAGUUGUGGGUGCUUGAAGGAAUAUUAUUUGGAAAUCAUCGAGCAUUUUAUUCGAACCAGUUCAAGGAAGUCAGAAGAGAUGACGAUUGCACAAAUGCAAGCACAAUAUUGAAGGGGAAAUUCCCAGAGCUCGUGUGAAGAGAUUUAUUGUAUAGACCUGUUAUUGGCUACCUAAUUCUCAUGCAUACUAUUGGCUCUGUCUCCAAAACUGGUGAAUAUUAGGCAUCUUUAGGAAGAAUACAAUGGUCAAGGGCGUGACUACACCCGACAAAAUAAGUUUGGGGAAAUUUAUUUAGCAGGAGUUAUUUAUGCAGGAUAUACAUGAGAUUACUUCAGUAAUAUUUAACAAAAGCCUUAAUUUAAAUUUUGGAUUGAACAUUAAUAAACCUAUGAUCAGAAAGUUCACUACAUGGGUAUAAAUGCGCUGCAUAUCUCGGGAGGGAAAAUGAUUUCCUCUUAAUUUCUGGUAGCAAAUUAAUGAGCACGCUCUCUAUGCUUGGAAGUAUAAUUUCACUACAAUGAAUAAACAUCUUUCUCCAUGAAAUUUUACACUUUAAUUCCACUAUGCUGUUUAACUUACCACUUCGCUACAUUUCCAAAAUCCAUGUUUAUAAUAUGUACCUGUGUGUCUUAGAUGUAUAGUAUUUAUUAUAUGGUUCUGUAAAAAAAAAUACAUUAAAUAUAAUCACUAUACAAUACAACUGAAAGCCUUA